GAGAUGAUAGGUGUUGAGGUUGUUCUCUCUUAGUCCGUGUGUGUGAAAAAAGAGAGAGAGAGAGAGAGAGAGAGAGAGCGUUAGAAAAAGCUGGCUGCUCUAACUGUGCCAUUCAGUGCACCAAACAGUCUGGAAGAGAAGCAUUUUACGCACGGCAUGAUGGGCAUUAACUCCGGUUAGUAAGCUUCAUUUUUGCAUUUUAGGAUCAACAAGUAUCGAUCAGUUGAUAAAAUGUGGACAGUUCCGAAGCCAAACUACAGAGCUGGUUUGUGCGCCGAAGGGGAGAUUGCUGUGAACAUCGGCGGAGUCAGAGUGGUGCUUUUCGGGGAUGUUUUGAACCGCUACCCGGAGAGCAGACUGGCUGAGUUGGUGAACUGCUCAUCUCAGAAUUCCGAACUUAUCUCGACACUUUGCGAUGACUUCGAUCCGGGCAGAAAGGAGUUUUACUUUGAUCGAGAUCCCGACGCGUUCAAGUGCAUCAUCGACGUUUAUUACUUUGAUGAAAUCCACAUCAAACGCGGCAUUUGCCCCAUCUGCUUCAUCAAAGAGAUGGAGUUUUGGAAAAUAGACCAAAAUGUUUUAGAUGAAUGCUGUAAAAGUUACUUAAGUGAGAAGGAGGAAGAGCUGAAAGAAAUUGCAAACAAAGUUAAAGUCAUUUUGGAGGAUAUGGAGGUGGAUCAGUGCAUCACGCGCACCCAGCGUUGCCAGAGGUUCCUUUGGAGGCUGAUGGAGAAGCCGGAUUCCUCUUUGCCGGCGCGCAUCAUCGCCAUCGCAUCCUUCCUUUUCAUCUUGGUCUCGGCAGUGGUGAUGUGUGUGGGGACCAUCCCGGAGCUCCAGGUGAUGGACGCUGAAGGGAAACUGGUGGAGCAUCCGACUCUGGAGGCGAUCGAGACGGUGUGCAUGUUGUGGUUCACCACGGAAUUCUUUCUGCGCCUCGCCUCGUCACCGAACAAGCUGCGCUUUGCGCUCUCCAUCAUGAAUAUCAUAGACUUUAUGGCCAUCAUGCCUUUCUACGUGGUCCUGGCCCUGACUUACCUCGGCACCACAUCCAUAAUGGAGCUGGCAAACGUCCAGCAAGCUGUCCAGGCGCUCCGCAUCACGCGCAUCGCGCGUAUUUUCAAGUUGGCGCGCCACUCCUCUGGACUGCAAACUCUGACUUACGCGCUGAAGAACAGCCUCAAAGAGCUGGGGCUGCUGCUUAUGUAUAUGGGCGUGGGCAUCUUCGUGUUCUCAGCGCUGGCCUACACUAUGGAGCAAAGCCACCCGGAGACUUUAUUCCGGAGCAUCCCGCAAUCUUUUUGGUGGGCCAUCAUCACAAUGACCACAGUGGGCUAUGGCGAUAUCUACCCCAAAACCACUCUGGGCAAGUGCAACGCAGCCGUGAGCUUUCUGUGCGGGGUGAUAGCAAUCGCGCUGCCCAUCCACCCCAUCAUUAACAACUUUGUCAUCUUCUACAACAAGCAGAAAGUUCUGGAGACGGCGGCGAAGCAUGAAGUGGAGCUGAUGGAGCUAAAGUCGGGCAAGGAGACGCGCAGGAGAAAUAGCUAUUAGGAGAAAGAAAAACUCUGAGAAGAAAAAAGAAAGAAAGACUGCAACAGGAAUUUAUUAACUGAGGUGUGACCCAAACAAAAGAUUAAAGAAAAGAAAAUCCAUUAAUUCGUUAUAUUUAGUAAAUAUAUCAAAGACCUCCAGAUAAUUGUUUUUUUAUGAACUCAACGCCUAUACUGAGUAACAUAAUUGUUGUCUUUAGUCUUCUGUCGCUUUUUUGGGCCAUUUUCAAUAUGUUGCUUUCGCUUGUGGCCCGUUUAUCUCCUUUUGUCAUUGUGAAGAUUGUUGUUACAGAAUUAAAGCUUCUGCAUGUGAAAAAAUA